AAAAUGUUCCAGAAGAACUACGAGAACCAUUUUACACAGACCAGUAUGACCAGGAGCACAUUAAACCACCUGUUGUUAACUUGCUGCUGUCUGCAGAACUCUAUUGUCGUGCUGGGAGCCUUAUUCUCAAGAGUGAUGCUGCAAAACCACUUCUAGGUCAUGAUGCUGUUAUACAAGCCCUGGCACAAAAAGGCCUCUAUGUCACUGACCAAGAAAAGUUGGUGACUGAACGAGAUCUUCACAAAAAACCAAUUCAGAUGAGUGCUCACUUGGCCAUGAUUGAUACUCUUAUGAUGGCAUACACUGUAGAGAUGGUCAGCGUUGAGAAAGUGAUUGCAUGCACUCAGCAGUAUUCAUCCUUCUUCCAAGCUACAGAUCUACCUUAUGACAUUGAGGAUGCAGUUAUGUACUGGAUAAACAAGGUAAAUGAACAUUUGAAAGACAUAAUGGAACAGGAACAAAAACUAAAAGAGCAUCACAGUGCAGAAUCUGCAGGAGGUCAAAAGGCUCGUUACAGGAAGGAGCAAACAUUGCUUAAGCAGCUGCCCUGCAUUCCACUGGUGGAGAAUCUGCUGAAAGAUGGUACAGAUGGUUGUGCUCUAGCAGCCCUGAUCCACUUCUACUGCCCAGAUAUUGUUAAACUGGAGGAUAUUUGUUUGAAAGAGACAAUGUCUUUGGCUGACAGCCUGUAUAAUCUACAGUUGAUUCGAGAAUUUUGUCAGGAAUACCUUAACCAGUGUUGCCAUUUCAGUCUUGAGGAUAUGCUCUACGCAGCUUCUUCAAUAAAG